CAAUAAUUAUAGCAAUGUUAUCACCAACGAUAUUGAUGAUGUAAACAACAAUCAUACCAAUAGUGACAACCUUAACAACAACAUCAACAACAUCAACAACAACAUCAACAACAACAACAACAGUGCCAACACUGUAGAUACCAAUGCUACAACCCACAGCGCAAAUAUCAGUUGCAAUUGGAACAUCAUCAUUAGUGACAAUCCUAACAACAACAUCAACAACACCAACAACAACAUCAACAACAUCAACAACAGCAUCAACAAUAACAACAACAACAUCAACAACAGUGCCAACACUGUAGAUACCAACUAG